UGAUGCAACUUCAUUUGUAACUCAAAAUUGCAAUACAAACAGUGCUGCAGAAUGCACACAGCUCAGUUGUCCAAAAUCUUUGUAAUGUUGAUCUUGCCUGUGCUCUUGCUUAUUCAGGGUGCAAUUCCUUGACAGAGGGCUUAUCUUCACUAUGGGGCUAAGUCGACCUAAGUUACGCUACUCCAGCUAUGUUAUUCAGUUCAUGUCACUUAGGUUGACCUACCCCGGUGUCUUCACUGUGUUGCGUCAAUGGGAGACACUCUCUGGUUGAUUUCCCUUAGUCUUCUUGGGGAGCAGGAGUCCUGGGGUCAACGGAGAGCACUGUGCCAUCGAUUUAGCAGGUCUUCACUAGACCCGCUAUAUUGAUCUCUGCUGCAUCGAUUGCAGCAGUGUCAAUCUCCCCAUAGUGAAGGCCAGCCCAUAGUUACCCAAGAAUUACAUUCCCACCUACUAGGAUGGGAUCAAAUAUACUUCUUUACACCAAAAUAAAAAUAUUUGACUCACUACAGCAUCAUUAUCAAUAUAAUGGAUAAUAGUGAGAAUAAACACACAUCUGGUGCUCCACAUUUGUAUCUGGUGCUACAGAAAUAUGAAUUUACAGUAGGACCUCACCAUCAGAGCAACAGAAGAUGGAACUGGUCUACAAACGUUGUGCAUAAUAUUGUGUCAGAGAUGCAGUACAGAAAUGAUGCUGGUUUUCUUCCAAAUGGAAGAAUUUAUCUUAUGCUGUAAAAAAAGACCACGUAUUCUCUUACUCACGCUUUGACAUAGUGCACAUGAAGAGCUCUGACUGGAUUUCUUGUGGAGAUUGUGCCUUUAGAAGCUGAUCAGCUGGGUGGAGGACACAUAGACACUUGAAUGUCUGAGGUGUGCUUUUGCCACUGCUAGGUAGUUGGUGGAGCCUCUUUUAUUUAUAGAGAGGCUAAAAGGGACUACACUGCUCAGAUGGAUCAGGCUUUCAGAGCAUGGUCAUCCCCCCAGGCAAUACAGGCCAUGCACAUAUACUCCUCUAUAAAACAUCUUCUGCUGUUUCCAGCCAUAGUGUUUAGAACCCACAUACUUGAGGUCUGCCCUCAUGGAAUAAUAGUCUGUCAACUAAAACAAAGGGUGUAGAAUGGACUGGAUUGACCUGAUUGCACAAUAGGAUGGUUUCUAAACAAAUACACCAGAAAACUGCUAUAUUAUUUAGUUUUAAACAAAACACACCAAUUAAAAGUUCUCAGUCUAAAUUCAUGGUUAAGAUGGGAGAAGAGUCAGCUACAAAGGAGAAGGAAGAGAAGCCCUGACGAUUUUGAUUCCUUCAGUUGCUAUGGCCAAAACAAACUGUGGUGGGGUUGGGGCUGUUGCUCUUUACCUUGCACCAAACAGUGAGUCCUGCAUGUGGGCAUGUGUGCAGCCACUGUCUUGCAGAAGUUUCUGAAUUUCAGAGCUGAGCGCAUUAGUACUCCUAAGUGUGAGGGAUCUAUACUGACAAUAUCUGAAGGAGUAAUAAACCUUUCGACAACAUCAAGUCUCUUAAGAGUGAAAAAUCAACUGGACUGUCUCAGACUUCCAAAUAGCCAACUGUCUUCUAGCCAAAGUUCAGUGCUAUGCUUAAAAAUCAUCUCAUAAAUAGUCAUGGGAAUAGAAGAAUGGUGACUAAGACAAUAAAUUGCAGGCACUGGGUCUAUUGCUACACUCAGAAUGUUGGACAGAGUGUCAACUUUUGCCUGCCAAAAACUCUGUAUUUUGAUGUAGGAGCAAGUCCAGCAGCUGGACGUGUCCCUGGAUGAUCUGCAUUUAGGAAAUCAGUCUGAGAACCUGAAAUCUAUCACAUUAAAAAGCAAAUUCCACCAAAAACCCCCAGCUACAAGGGUGUGUACCUUGUAAUAACAGUAUCUGUUCGGGUAUAGCUCCAGAUAGUCUCUUCUCACUCUGGAGAGGUAGCAUCUUUUUUAAUUUAAUUUUUAUUAAUGGAGAUAUCCCAUCUCCUAGAACUGGAAGGGACCUUGAAAGGUCAUUGAGUCCAGCCCCUGCCUUCACUAGCAGGACCAAGUACUGAUUUUGCCCCAGAUCCCUAAGUGGCCCCCUCAAGGAUUGAACUCACAACCCUGGGUUUAGGAGGCCAAUGCUCAAACCACUGAGCUAUCCCUCCCUAUCUGUUGUGUAGGGGGCACAAUCUAAUGGAAACUAUGCAUAACUCAUUUUGUGUGUCUGCCUAACUCUCUCUUCUUACAUGUAGACCAUAAGAAUGAAAUCUGUUCUGUAAGACUUCCAUGCUAUGCAGAUAUGAAACUGUUAAAGUGGGGAAAUUCCUUUUUUUCAAAAUAGAAUGAUGUAGAAAAGGAAGAUCAGAUGCUUCUGUUCUCCCUGUCAGAACACAAGAACAAGGGGAAAUUCAAUGAAACUGGAAGGUGGUAAAUUCCAAACUGACAAAAGGAAAUACUUUUUAUGCAAUGUGUAAUUAGGUUGUGGAACUCAUUGCCACAGGAAGUUGUUGAUGCCAAGAAAUAACAAGAUUCAAAGCGGGACUGGAAAUUGUAUAGCGAUAACAAGAAUAUCCAGAGUUAUGUUUAUUGCUAACAAAAAUUUUGGAAAGGAUAUUUUGUUUUUCUUGCAGGGCUCAUGCUACGGGGCUGAAGCCAGUCACUAACUAUUAGAGAUCAGGAUAAAACUUAAUGUGGGAGGCCAAUUAUCCAACAUCUUUCUGAUGUGGGGUUCUUACACUAUCCUAUAAAGUGCCUAGUGCUGGCCAUUGCUGGAGACAGGGUACUGGACUAGGUAGAUUUCGGGUCUGAUCCAGUAUGACAAUUCCUUUGUACACAGCAAAUAGAAACAAAGGGACAGUCUCCACUAUACCCUAUUUGAAAUGAGCUAAAAUGCCCAUAGACAACUCAGUAUGUUGUUUUCUUCUGAGCAUAUGUAUAUAUUAAUACAUGCAUGUUGUAGGCAGUCACCUAAUGAAGCUCUGGACAACGUGGAUCACUUCUGCUAUCUCUGCUCAAUUCUUACCAGCUGACUUAACCUUGAUAGGGAACUUGAUGCUAGAAUCGGCAAAGCUUCUAUUACCUUUGGCAAACUUACCUCAUGUAUUUGGAGCAACAAAUUGCUAAACCUGAACACAGAGGUGGCUGUUUAUUAGGCUUGUGUCCUGAGUACCCUCCUUUACAUUUGUGAAAGCUGGGUAACGUACUCCAAGCAGGAGCGGAGAUUCAAUGGUUUCCACCUCCGCUGUCUUAGAAAAAUCCUUGGAGUUAUUUGGGACAAACAGAUCACCAAUAACAAGAUCCUUGAGACAGCCGGCCUACAGUCUAUGCAAACUACUCUGGACAUUCGCAGGCUUCGCUGGUUGGGGCAUGUGGAGCACAGGCCUCAAGAUUGUCUGCUGAAGGCUGUGCUGUACAGUCAACUUAAGAACUGCCCACAACGCAGAGGAAGGCCAAAGCUCCAAUACAUCAACAAGGUGAAGCAAGGCCUCAAGGAAUUCAGCAUUUCCACUGACAAUGGGGGAAAAUCCUUCCCAAAAUUGUUCAGUUUGGAGAAGCUGGGCUAAGACUGGUGCAGUCACUGCAGAGAGCCAUCAGACAGACCAGGCUGAGGCUCUCAGGUGAGCCAGGAAGCAGAGUAUGCUUCAACUUUCAUCCAGCAAGUGGACCUGUAGCCACUGUGCGAAGGUUUGUCGUGCACGCAGCAGGCUCUUUUCCCAUACCAUUGCUAAGCACCCUGAUGGACUGACUUAGGCCUGGUCUACACUAUAAGUUUAAUUCGAAUUUAGCAGCGUUAAAUCGAAUUAGCCCUGCACCCGUCCACACAACGAAGCAAUUUAUUUCGAAAUAAAGGGCUCUUAAAAUUGAUUUCUGUACUCCUCCCCAACGAGCGGAGUAGCGCCAAAAUCGAUAUUGUCAUUUCGAAUUAGGGUUAGUGUGGCCGCAAUUCGAUGGUAUUGGCCUCCGGGAGCUAUCCCACAGUGCACCAUUGUGACUGCUCUGGACAGCAAUCUGAACUCAGAACUGGCCAGGUAGACAGGAAAAGCUCCACGAACAUUUGAAUUUCAUUUCCUGUUUACCCAGCACAGGAGAGCAUAGGUGACCACAGAGAGCUCAUCAGCACAGAUAACCAUGCAGGCCGAUAAUCGAAAAAGAGCACCAACAUGGACCAUACGGGAGGUACUGAUCGCUAUAUGGGGAGAGGAUUCAGUGCUAGCAGAACUUCGUUCGAAAAGACGAAAUGCCAAAACUUUUGAAAAAAUCUCCAAGGGCAUGAUGGAGAGAGGCCACAAUAGGGACUCAGAGCAGUGCCGCGUGAAAGUCAAGGAGCUCAGACAAGCCUAUCAGAAAACAAAGGAGGCAAACGGUCGCUCCGGGUCAGAGCCGCAGACAUGCCAUUUCUACGCUGAGCUGCAUGCAAUUCUAGGGGGGGCCGCCACCACUACCCCACCUCUGACCGUGGAUUCCGAGGCAGGGGUAAUCUCAUCAGCCACACCUGAGGAUUCUGCGGACGGGGAAGAGGAGGAGGAGGAGGAGCUUGCGGAGAGCACACAGCACUCCGUUCUCCCUAACAGCCAGGAUCUUUUUCUCAGCCUGACUGAAGUACCCUCCCAAGCCAGUACCCAAGACCAUGACCCCAUGGAAGGGACCUCAGCAGCUGCAAAUUUUUCAAGCCUCCCUCCUCCGUCCCGAAAGCUAUCUCAGAUAAGGCAGCGGAGAAAGAGGACGCGAAACAAGAUGUUCUCAGAAAUAAUGGAAUGCACCCGCAAUAAAAAAGCUCAUUUGAAUGAGUGGAAGGACACGGUAUCUAAGUACAGGAAAAAUGCCAGUGAACGUGAGGUCAUGAGGGACGCUCGAAAUGAGAGGUGGCAGGCUGCAACGCUGGGGCUGCUGCGUGAUCAAACGGACAUGCUCCGGCGUCUGGUGGAGCUUCAGGAAUGGCAGCAGGAUAACAGAGUGCCACUGCAGCCGCUGUAUAACCUCCUUCCCCCCUCACCAUGUUCCAUAGCCUCCUCACCCAGACGUGUAAGAACGCGGGGUGGGGAGGCUCCGUGCACCCUCCCACUUCACUCCAGUGGACAGCCCAACCAAAAGGCUGUCAUUAUAUUGAAUUUUUUCAAUGGCCUUUUACUUCCCUCCUAUCCUCCUCCCAAACCUCAUCUGGGUUACCUUGUCGGUUCUCUCCCUAUGUUUAUAAUCAAUUAAUAAAGAAUACAUGAUU